AUGUUCCUCCGUGCAACUCUUCCCCGACUGUCUGGGUUGAUCGGUCGUCAACCUCUGGGUUGCAGCACCGCCAGGCGCAUGUACUCUGCCUCCCAGUCAGGCGACGCAGAUAUUGAUGCCAUGCUUGCGAAGCCUACGUGGUCUGUUCGCUCGUUGCUACCGGAAGAGUCUACCAAACAAUCUGCUCCAUCAGUGACCCCGACGCAACUCCGCCAUCUGCUUCGUCUCUCGGCUCUCCCGCAACCCGCGAACGAGGAAGAAGAGAAGAAGAUGCUUGAAACGCUCGAAUCCCAAAUUCACUUUGUCAAGCAGGUCCAGCGCAUCGAUGCCACUGGCGUGGAACCCCUGCAGAGUAUCCGGGACGAAAGUCCAGAAGCGGUGCAGGAGAAUACAAUCGGACUGGAACAGCUUAAGGAGGCCUUAUCCAAGGAGAGAGUGCUGAGGCGAAAGGCUAGACAAAAUAACCCAUUCUGGAACGUGACUUUGGCGCCAUUUGCACAUAUGUGGAAGUCAUUCAAGGAAAAGCAUGCUAGCAAGUUCGGAUCCGGGCCUUCGCCCUCGCCCGCUCCGCCGAAGAGCGACCGCGACCAAGACUUGACUACCAUCUUGGAUCGCCCCCAGCGAGCCGACCUGACAGUUCUUGUCGCGGAAAUCACCCAACAUAUGCGAGAUGCCAUCGUCCGGAACUUUCACGGUCCUAUUCAAAAAGAGAAUGACACCUCACGUGACCAAUCUACACAUGAACAUCACAAGGACACUGAUCCCUUGUCUGCUCAGUCGGACGCGCAGAGAGAGGAAACCACAGCUGUGACUACUCAAUCGGAAUACAAGCUCACCGCGCAAGAUCUAAAAUCAGAGGCCAAGUCCCUGUCUAGCUUUGAUGACUGGAGAGACUCGGUCCUAUUGAGAAUUGGUGAAGUUGUGAACCGAGAUGAGGAAUCUGAAGAAGACCCCAGUGAAUCAGACUCACCUCAACAAUUACGUGAACCGGAUAUAGAUGAGGACCAAGGUUCUCUGGAGAAGCUCUGUGAAGUGUACCGACCUGUGGAGACUCCUCUUACGCAGCUACCCAAGGCUAAAAGGCUACUGAUUCUCCAUUCGCUACUGCUCUUAAUGCUUAGUCUUGAGCACUACAAUGCUCGCUCGCGAGUUCUAAUGCUGUAUGUAGCGUCAAGUCUGAAUCUCGAUGUCACCAUCCUUAAUGGUGACGAGAGCAAGGUCGCACGUGGAUUGCUUGACACUGCUCUUCAACUCGCGAACGCGGAGGAAGGCCAAGAAAAGAAACGUGAUUCCUCCAGGAAAUGGAAGGUUGGGAUAGCUUCUGUUGCAGGAGCUGCACUGAUCGGCAUUACUGGCGGACUUGCCGCACCACUUGUUGCAGCUGGCCUUGGAACAGUCUUGGGAGGCCUUGGUCUCGGUGCUACCGCUGCUGCAGGAUAUCUAGGUGCCCUCGCAGGUAGUGGAGUGAUCGUGGGUGGUCUCUUUGGCGCCUACGGAGGUCGAAUGACGGGACGCAUGGUCGACAAGUAUGCCCGUGAGGUGGACGAUUUUGCUUUCCUGCCUAUUCGGGGCUCCCGACAGAGGUCUGAAGAUGAGAGGGAAGCUGCCCAGAAUGAUCACAUGCUCCGCGUCACGAUCGGCAUUACCGGCUGGGUUACUGAAGAAGACAAUUUCGUUGUUCCCUGGCGAGUCAUUGGAGCCGAUUCCGAGGUAUUCGGUCUGCGCUGGGAAACAGAGCCUUUGAUGAAGCUUGGAAAUGCUAUGAAUCUAUUGGUCACGAGCGCUGCCUGGGCGGCAGGUGGGCAGGUGCUUUCUCGGACCAUCUUCGCACAGAUCAUGAGCGCCGUAAUGCUGCCUCUUGGUCUUCUCAAGGUUGCCCGUGUGGCUGAUAACCCGUUUAGCAUUGCCAAAGCCCGAGCAGACAAAGCGGGUGAGGUCCUGGCGGAUGCGCUGAUUAGCAAGGUUCAGGGUGAGCGGGCCGUCACAUUGAUAGGCUACUCGAUGGGCUCUCGCGUCAUCUUCUCCUGCCUGCAAAGCCUGGCGAAGCGAGGUGCAUAUGAUCUGGUGGAAUCGGCAAUUCUGAUGGGCUCACCCACUCCCUCCAAUGCACCGCACUGGCGUCGUCUGCGAAGCGUUGUUAGCGGUCGGCUGAUCAACGUGUACUCGGAGAACGACGCCGUUCUCGCUCUUCUCUACCGAACCAGCAGUCUGCAACUCGGUGUGGCAGGUCUACAGUCUGUUCAGGAUGUGCCCGGCGUUGAGAAUCUGGACGUCAGCGAGACCGUUAGCGGCCAUUUGCGCUACCAAUUUCUCAUCGGGCGCAUUUUAGGACUUGUCGGCCUGCAAAGUGUAGAUGCCGAGGAGGUGGCUCGUGAAGAGGCCGCAUUGGCCGUGAAGGACAAAAAGCAGGAGCAGGAACGGAUCCAAAACGAGCGUCGUGCUGGGGUUAAGGGUGACGAGUCGGCACAGCGAGUGUUGGACAACGGCAAUGGAACCGAAGAGGAAGCAAUUCAUGCCGAAGUUGAACAGGAGACACAGGAUCGACUUUUUCGCAUGGAGGUGUCUGAAGGAAGCGAAGGCCAACCAGCCCGAUCUGAGUUUAAGAUCAAGAGACGCCCACUUCCAUCAGAGCAGAGUUAG